UCAUACAAAUCCACCACGUUUCCUCCGCUGUGCAAUCUCAUUCAACUAUAAUCCGUCUCAUACAUGAGCAAUACUUUCGUCCAGGUGAAUAGCAUUGGUGAACAGAACGGGCUAGGUCCACGCUUGGUGCGUCCGUGGACGAAACCCAAGUAUAUAAUGUGUAGUCUUCUUCCAUGCAACACAACCUUUCCUUGUCUCCAACACAACAAACAUCGACAAAGAUCAUCAACCAUGGCACCGAACGGACAGCUACCUAGGCUCAUCUACAGCCUUAGGUCUAGGCCUAAUAACACCCAGAAUGCUGAUAAUAUCAACAACCUCGGUGGUGGAGCUGGUGGAGGUCUUACUGGUAAUACUCAAGCAACUGGUCUCAAUCCUAUCGUUCCGUCAACAGGUUCAGUCAACAACCAUCCUAGCCCUGCUCCCACUGUUCCUUCCAUUGUCCCUCUUCCUACACUUCCUCCAAAUACUACGGUAGCUGCAACUCUCCCUCAAAUCACUGCCGGCGCCAACGGGCGUAUUAUCAGUCAACGUAUUAUGCGCGAUUGGCCGUAUGCGUGGAUUGCUACAGCCCGAAAUAAUAAGGAGAGCAAUCCUCAUAUGUGCCGCCCUUGCGCCAGACAAAAGAAGGGUGCAGUGAACGAAUGCUUUGGUGGUCCAUGGUGCCUCAGAUGCAGACGUGUUGGUAACAGUAAGCACCAGUGCCAAAAUGCUCCAGAGUUUAGGGGUCCACAGGAUCGUCCAGACAAGGGCCCACCGAAGAACAACCAACGAGGUGGCAGGGGUGGUGGCGGAGCGGGAGCAGGUGGCAUUACAGCUUAGUUUCUGCCGGCUUCUCAAAGAUCUUUGAUCGGAAUGGGACAUAACUUCAGGGGACAGCACACAAAAAGCGUUGCAUUAUGGUGAGAAUUUUCGAG